AUGGAUAAGAAUAUCCCUAUGAACAUAACCAUUCAAUACACCUCUUUCUUCUUUUACUUGUUAUUCAUAAUAAGCACUUUUUCCCCACAAGUAUCCUAUUCUCAAUCAGUUUAUGAUUAUUCCAUUUGCAAGGAACAUUCCUACAACUGUGGUAAUCUUUCCAGCAUCUCGUAUCCAUUCUGGGGACAUGAUCGUCCUUUUCAAUGUGGCGCAGGAGCCCCAUUUUACCUUGACUGCGGCCACAAACAAGAUACCACAAUUCUAAUAUCAUCACAGAAUUUCACAGUACUUGAAAUAAACACCACAACUUACACCAUGAAACUCAAAAGAACAGACCUUUCUCUCAACCUCUGUUCUCCUCAAUUUAAUGAUACUUUUUUGUCUCUACCUCUGUUUCAAAUUCAACAUCUCCCACAAUUCAAAAACCUCAACAUAUACUACAAUUGUACUUCUCCUCCAAUUCCAUCUGAAGAUUCUCUAUGUGGAUCUCAGAAUCUCGCUUUUGCUCAACUUGCCGAUGAUGACUCUAAUCUUUUUGAAGAAUCCAUGAAUUGUACGAGACGUAUUCAAGUCCCAGUAGGAGCAGGUUUUCAUAUAGAUGAUUCUUAUGGAUAUAGUUAUUUUUUUAAGCCUGAUGUUCUUGAAAAAGGUUUGGAUGAAGGGUUUGAAGUGAGUUACAGUGUGAGUGGGGAAUGUUUAACGUGUUUGGGAAAUCAAGGAGGAGAUUGCAGCUGGAAGGAUGAUAAUGAAAUUGAGAAACACGUUACCUCCUCUUGCUAUUAUGGGAAUUGCCCAGAUGGAUCUAUGAAUUAUUCCUCACAAUGUUCUUCUAUUCACAAAAGCUCAUGGAAUUUGAAGAGGAAACUCGUUGUUGGUGUUGUUGGAAGUGCAGUAAUGGUGGCAUUGCUGACGUGCAUCAUAAUUUGUUAUAUUAAAGGUAAGUCAUCAACACAACAACUGAAAUUCGGGUUUAAGAGAAAGAAUGAUAAAAACAUCGAAGCAUUCUUUAAAGAACAUGGAGCUUUGACGCAAAAGGAAUAUACUUUUGCACAAAUAAAGAAAAUGACAAAUUCAUUCAAAAUUAAACUUGGUCAAGGGGGUUUUGGUGUUGUGUAUAAAGGAAAUUUAUUCAAUGGUUGUCCUGUGGCGGUGAAGAUAUUGAAUGCGUCAAAAAGAAAUGGUGAAGAAUUUAUUAAUGAGGGAAUAGCUCGUGGGCUAGAGUACUUGCAUAGAGGAUGCACCACUCGAAUUUUACAUUUUGACAUAAAACCACAUAACAUUCUUUUGGAUGAGAAUUUUAAUCCCAAGAUUUCUGAUUUUGGACUUGCAAAGCUCUGCCCUAGAAAAGAGAGCAUUAUUUCGAUGUCGGAUCAAAGAGGGACAAUGGGAUAUGUAGCUCCAGAAGUGUGGAAUAGACAUUUCGGAGGAGUUUCCCAUAAGUCAGAUGUUUACGGUUAUGGAAUGAUGUUGUUAGAAAUGGUGGGUGGAAGGAAAAAUAUUAAUGCUGAUGCAAGUAACACAAGUGAGAUAUACUUUCCUCAUUGGGUAUAUAGUAGGCUUGAGUUUGGAAGUGAUUUGAGACCUGAUGGAGUAAUGGAUACAGAAGAAGAUGAGAUUGCAAGGAGAAUGACCAUUGUGGGUUUGUGGUGUAUUCAAACAUUUCCUAAUGAUAGGCCUACAAUGAGUAAAGUGGUUGAAAUGUUAGAAGUUAGCAUAAAUUCAUUGAAUAUACCACCAAAACCAUUACUUUCAUCUCCUACUAGAUCAGUAUCAGAGCCUUAA